AUGGCGGCGGUCGCCGCGGCUGCGCCUGGCGCGCGCGUUGCCAUGGGGCGCGGGCAGGCCGCUCCAGCCGACGCGCAGCACCUCGGCAUGGGCUCCGACCUGUGCGGGUUGGACUCCGACGAGGACGGCGGCUCGGCCGAGCAGGGCCCUUCCGACGAGGAGGGCGGCACGGCCGCGCAGGAGCAUCUCGAAGAGGGCGGAUCAGACGUUGAUUGGUCUUUGUCGGUGAAGGAGGAGAUCGAGGCGGCGUCAGACAACGAGAUCGUUGGCGCUGAUCCCGGUGAGUUGGAGGCCGCGGAGCAGGCCGACGAGGCUGGGCACAUCCCAGUCGAGCAGGCGACGCCGCGAGAGCAGGCGCAAUCGGCCUCCCCAUGCGCCAGCAUCCAGCUGGUGCCGAAGGCUGCUCCGAGCAAGCGCUCAGUGCAGCACGCAGCCCUGGACGAGCAGUCGCUGGCCCCACCGCUGGUCACGCCGACGAAGAGGCCGAAGAUCAAGUCGAAGUCGCCGUCGGAGGAGUGCUACCAGGGCUACACCCCGACCCCGAUCACGAUGCUGACGCCGCCCCAG